CCUCCUUCCCCUCCAAACAUGGCGCCGGCUCGCUGCUGGGCUGCCUCACCGACCGACGACGCAGAAAAGCAGAGAAAGAAGCGCAGAAGAAGCGCAUGAAAAACUCCCCUUUAAAGACUUUAAAACUUAUUUACUAACUAACUCCACCCCACGCAGUCCGCAGGGAUCCACGGGAGACUUUACGCACGCCUGGUUUAUUUGGAGACGUUUGCGCGUCAGGCUGUGCGCGUAACGGGGAGCUCACCUGUCCGACGAAGGUAGAUUUCACUCCGUCUGUUGUAGGAUGUGAAUCUUCCUGAUUUUUGCCCUGAUGUUGGAGCUGAGAGGCGGAAGUCUGGGGGGGGAAACAUGCGCAGCCCUCUGAGAAGCAGGACCACAGGCGCAGCAGAGGAUUGAAACUUUCCACGGAGGAAAAACAAGUUUUCCACUCGCGGAGGAUGGAUGGAGAACAUUCUGCUCUGUCAGGAGUGGAGAGGGAAAGAGAGAGGCUUCCACCCAUUUACACCAGCUCCGCUCCUGCUCUUCUGGGACGAGGACCUAAGCAGCCGUUUCCAUCUCUGGGAACCUUCAUCUCCUCGCUAAGCCAGAGGAGGGAUGCAGGAGGGCGGGGCUUUGCUGUUGGCAUCGGGGGAACCAUGACCGGCUCGCUGGGGAUCAGGCACACAGUGAGGGAGCUGCCGCCUAUCUGCAACGAUGUCCGCCAGAAGCAUCGGCUCUCCAUCGACACCCUGCCUCCUGAAGUCAAAGCCCCGUUCCCCUCCGACCCCAUCAUCCCCCUCCGUACCAAGACCACCAGGGAGUUCCAGGAGGACGUGGAGCGCGCCGUUCACUCAGGUGACUGGAGGGAGGUCAGAGAGUUCUACCUGACCACCUUCGACUCCUUCAUAGAAAUCAACGCCGCCUUCAAGCGGGAGGCCAACGGAUUGUUUAACACUAUCGAGGACUCAGGGGUCAACGCCAAGUUCGUCAACGCCGUUUACGACUCGCUCCUCGGCACACCUCAGGACAUCCAGAAGUCUGUUUUAAAAGGGAUCAUCAACAGCCUGCUUAGAGAGUGGAAAGGCCCUCGGACAAAAGACGACCUGCGAGCAUAUUUUGUUCUAAUUCAGAAUCCUCAGUAUUCCAGUACCAGCACCUACGUGAUUUUCGCUCACCUACUGAGGCAGAUCGCAGCGUUGUCUGAGGCCGACCACCACUACCUGGUCCACUGGCUCAAGAGGCUGUCAGCCAGGCGUUUCCGGCAGCUGGUGGAGCGCCUCCUACAGUUCAUCUCCACGCGCCUGUUUCCUGCAGAACCAGACGAGCUUCCUCCUUCAGCCAAGUGUUCCUGGUGGAUUCCCUCUGCCACCAAAGUCCUCAGCCUGUUCAAUGCAGCCAACAGCGUCUCCUCUCCUCCCAUCAUGCCAUUCACCGACUUCUACAACAUUACGCUGGAGCACAUAGACUUCAUGGAGGAUUACAGAACCUGGCAGAACUACGGCAACUCAAAUAGGUUUUCUUUUUGUCAGUUUCCCUUCAUUCUGUCUACUGUGGUGAAGAAGGCCAUCAUCCAGAAAGACUCGGAGCAGCAGAUGAUCAGUCAGGCCAGACUAAGCCUGGUGAGCAAAGUUUCCAGGAGGCAGAGGGUCGAUAUGAACCUUCUGUUUCUGAACAUCAAAGUUCGACGAGCACAACUCCUCAACGACUCGCUGGAUGAGCUGAUGAGGAAACGGUGCGACCUGAAGAAGAAGCUGCGGGUGACAUUUGUCGGGGAGGCGGGGCUUGACAUGGGCGGCCUGACGAAGGAGUGGUUCCUUGUGGUGGUCGACUUCCACACUGUAUGGGGGAUUUUCUCCUUCAUGAAGGACUCACGCUGCCACUGGUUCAGCAGCUGGAAGUCAGACAACUAUUCAGAGUUCCAGAUGGUUGGAACUCUGAUGGGCUUAGCAGUUUACAACAGCAUAGCUCUGGACAUCCACUUCCCUCUCUACUGUUACAGAAAACUCCUCACUCCACCAACGGCACCUUCUGAUCCUAAUGCUUUUGUUGGCAUGGCAACAGCCACCCUGGAUGACCUGCAGCAGGUCAUGCCUGACUUGGCUCAUGGAUUAGCGGAGCUUCUGAGCUACGAGGGAAAUGUGGAGGAGGACUUCUACCUCACCUUCCAGGUGUUCCAGGAGGAGAUGGGCGUCGUCAAAUCCUACAACCUGAAACCCGGUGGAGACAAGAUCCCUGUUACCAAGCAGAACAGGAAGGAGUAUAUCCAGCUCUACAUCGACUUCCUGCUGAAUAAAUCCAUUUACAAGCAGUUUGCUGCCUUCUACCAUGGCUUCCACAGCGUGUGCGCCUCUGACGCCCUCAUGUUGUUGAGGCCGGAGGAGGUGGAGAUGUUGGUGUGUGGGAGUCCGGAGCUGGAUAUGAGCGCUCUGCAGAAAGCUGCUCAGUAUGAAGGCUACGGCAAGAUGGACGCCACUGUGAGGUGUUUCUGGGACGUGGUGCUGGGUUUCCCUCUGGAGCUUCAGAAGAAGCUGCUGCACUUCGCCACCGGGAGCGACCGGGUUCCUGUGGGAGGGAUGGCCGACCUGAACUUCAAGAUCUCCAAGAUCGACGUUCCAGCAGACUGGUAG